AUUUGGUUCAGGACAUUCUCUGUUCAUGUUGUGCUAGCACAAACACUGUUGCAAGCUGCACAUUUGUGGUUGUUCAUUUAUAAUAGUGAGCUUCAUCCUACGUUAAAAUGGUUGGAAAACAGUCUUAACGUUACAUCAUUUGAAAGAUGUGGCUUUGUGUCUGCAGAUUCCUGCGCUGUCAAAAUCAACAGUGAGAAUCGGAAAUCCCCAGAAAGUGGAUCAGAUUCUAAAUGGCAUGAGGCAGGCAGGACCUAACACUGUCCAGAUCAUCUCAGACUUUGACAUGACUCUCACCAGAUUCGCUUUUAAUGGAAAACGAUGCCCUACUUGCCACAAUAUCCUGGAUAACAGCAAAUUGAUCAGUGAAGAUUGCAAAGUAAAGUUGGAGCACCUGCUGAACACAUACUACCCCAUUGAGAUAGACUCCACCCGCUCAGUGGAGGAUAAAACACCGUAUAUGGUGGAAUGGUGGACCAAAGCCCACGAGCUUCUGGUGCAGCAGAAGAUCAAUAAGGACUUGCUGGCCGUGGUAGUGAGGGAAUCAGAUGCCAUGCUCAGGGAAGACUACCAGAUUUUCUUUGACCACUUGAAGGAGCGGAACAUCCCGCUGCUCAUCUUCUCUGCAGGCAUUGGAGACGUACUGGAGGAGGUGAUCAGACAGGCUGGGGUCUUCUACCCAAACGUCAAAGUCUUCUCCAACUACAUGGACUUUGAUGAAACUGGCACAUUGCGGGCUUUCAAAGGUGAACUCAUCCACACCUAUAACAAGCGGGAGGGAGCCCUGCUCAACACCGGCCACUUCCAGGAACUCCAUGACCGCCACAACGUCCUGCUGCUGGGAGACUCGAUAGGGGACCUCACCAUGGCCGACGGGGUGCAGAACAUAGAGAACAUACUGAAAAUUGGCUAUCUAAACGACAAGGUGGAGGAGAGGAUGGAGUCCUACCUUAAAUCCUAUGAUGUUGUCUUGGUGAAAGACGAAACUAUGGAGGUGCCCAACGGCAUCUUGCAGUACAUAACUGGCAGCCAGUGACCAGUCUCUCCACCCCAGCCCACCUCAGGCACCCCCCUCCCUCCUCCCACUCAUGUCCCUGGACGCUCAGCUCUCAGUGCGGGGUCGGCCCUCUUGCCCCUUCCUUGUGUCCCUGACUGACAGGAAGGUGUCCUGAGGCCCCGCCCUCCCAGCUUUUCGAGUCCUGACCUUCCCCACCGCAACAUAUAGCGCUGGUGGACCCCGUGCUGUUGGCGUGCCAUUCUUUUCCCCUGUGGACGUGUGUUUUAAGCAUUGCAGUCUGAGGAACGCUUGACCUGAUGUUGUCUUUACAUGCACCUGUUUCUUCCCUUUGUCACAUUCACAAGUGUCACGCGGAAGUUUAGCUGUACCUCAAAAUCCUUCACAGUUUUACUAUCUUUUUUCAUGUGUCACAAUGACUGAUAAGCCUAAUUUCACACACACACACACACAGAUUUAGAUAUACGCCCACAUUUCGAACAGAAGGGGGGCAUUUGAUUUGCCCCGAGUUGUUUAAAAUGCAUGAGACAUUACUGGACCUAACACAUUUGUACUAUGGAGAGCUUCAGUCUUUGGAACAUAGUUUGAGCACCUUUACUGGCCAUUCGUCUGUAAUGUCUGCUGUUCUGAAGUAACUUGCAACAGGUUUACAGAGAGGGUCCAAUGCAAGGGCAUCAGUGGCAGCCUCACUCAAGCUUAUUUGUAAACACCACCGAUGUAUGUGUUGAUAAGGGACUUAUUUUGACAGCAUAUACGGCUGUCCCUUAGUUUGUUAUCUAGACUGUGACAAUAUAUUUGGUUUAAUUGUUUUCAUUGUUUUAGUGUGUUUUUUAUGCUUUGCUAUGCUGGCAGUGAACUUGAUAUCCUGAUCAUGGUUUACUUUUUAAGUCUCAUAGUGGCAAAGAAACUGAAGAUAUCACAAAGCCUGUUCCACUGGUGUUCUAUGUAACAGAACCAGCUGAAAGGUCUGUUCCACUGAUGUUCUAUGUAACAGAACCAGCUGAAAGAGCGCUGGUGGUUUGUUUUCUGUUUCACCCCCAGGACUAUGCUUGCUCAGUGCAUCAGCCAGAGUGGCUUUAGCAUUGUGACUAGUACAUCACAUGGCACUGUUCCUGGAGCUGCGCCCUUGUACUGAGUGUGGGACUUUGACGUUUGAACGUUUUGCUAUGAAUGUCAAUGAGUGUCCUCACUCGUGGCCUUUUCUGUCCAUCCAUCGAGUCAUCUCAAAGCCACAGCAGCCAUUUUCAAAGUAUUUGCUUAGAAUGUAUUUGCAUUGUCAGUGGAGUUCAAUUUAAACAUGAAUAGUUCUUUUCUAAUUUUUCAGUAUUUGUUUUUUGAUAUCUCUCCAAGACAAAACAAUAUGUGUAUCGAUAUAUAACUGCACUUUCAUACCCAGAGGACGAAUUGUAAGAACUGCUACUGAAUGUACAGUACGUACCAAUAAGCAGUGCUUUGUUCUUAUGCCAAGGGUUCAUCAGUACUUGUGUGCAGUUUUGUUUUUAUAGCACUGACUACAACACUGUGUCAGGAAAGAUCUUUCCCAGAAUGCCACUGUACAGUGAAACUAUAAAACAAAUUUGAUCAUCUUUGCACAGCAAGAUGGAAGAAUUACCAAACAGCGGAACAUUCUCAGUGGCAACGUAAAGGCUUGCAUGGCAAACAUGUUAACCCGAUAGUCUGCACCUCAUCCAGUUCUACUCCGUGAUCUUAGAAAUUGUUUCAGAGAUAUCAGAGGCUUUCUGUCUCUAACACGUGUGUCCCAACCAGCACACUUUCAGGCCAUAUGCGGCUAAUCCAAUGGCAGUUGUUGCGUCCAUUCUGCAUAUUGCAAUUAUCCAGAGUUAUGUGUUUUAGACAUUUAUUAAACAUGUUCUUAAGGAAA